AUGAGCAAGCUGCAUGUCGAAAUCGAAUUUCACCGCUUCCCGCAAAUCACUAAUAACACCGUGAACGACAUCUCCAUGCCGAAAUGGAAAUCCAUCUGCAAAGCCAUCGCUAAUCUCCCCAGCCUCACCGAUCUCGAAAUGACACUUCUCCAGAAAUUCUUCGGUGUGGAGGUCAAAGGCGCCGGGGAGGCUUCGGAGCUCAUGGUUGGUGUACUGCUGCCUUUGAAGCAGAUUCGUCCAAAAGGCGGGAGGGAAAGGUAUCAAGUGAGGCUCGGAUGGCGGUUGGAUGAGGACGCAAGGAAGGGGUUGGGGGAGUGUCCGUUCCGGAUUGUGAAGCUCAGGGAGGAGCGGCGGCGGCAUGUGACUCCAACAACACUUGAGGAUCUGAUCGAUGAGGGUGGUGGGCAGUUUGAUGCAUCUUUAGGAGACUUUCCCGUCCUCGGCGAGCAGCAGCUCGUUUGA